CUCUUCCUCCUCCUCCUCCUCCUCCCGCUGCUCUGCGCGGCCCCCGAUGUUUCAAGGGGAAAUAAGCUUAAACUGCUGCUUCAGAAACGCGAAGCCCCUGUUGCCACGAAGCCCGAGGUGUCAGUGAAAGAAACGGCGGCCAAGGAGUUCCUAAGCAGCCUGAGACGCCAGAGGCGGCAGCUGGGGGACAGAAGCCAGCCCGACGUGCAGCAGUGGUACCAGCAGUUCCUCUACCUGGGCUUCGACGAGGCGAAAUUUGAAGAUGACAUCUCCUACUGGACAAGCUUAGGGCGUGCUCGUAAUGAAUACUAUGGUGGAUACUACCAACACCACUAUGAUGAAGAUUCACCAAUCGGCCCACGAAACCCACAUACCUUCAGGCACGGAGCAGGUGUCAACUAUGAUGAUUACUAA